UAUGUCUCAGAGCUAUCAGUGAUUGUUUGACAUUUGAUCUACAGUGUCAGAUCUUGGAGUUCGCGGACGUUUAAUUGAACCCUUGAAAAGUUGUGUCGGCGUUAUGUUAGUUACGUCUAAUUCUAAUCAGACAUUAAUUGAAGAUGCUGUUACAUCAGUAACCGGUAAGACGUUAAGACGUGAAAAAGUAAUCAUUGAUUUAUGGAUUGAGCAGUUGGAAAUGAGUUGAUGUAGAGAAGAAGAAAAAAUGGCAGAACACGUGAACGAAACGAAAUUUAUCCCACCGAUUUCAGAAUCAGAAUCAGAAUCAGAAUCAGAAUUGCCUGUUGACAUGCAAUUCAACGAAGGACAUUUACUGAGUAUCAUAACUUACAGCGUCUUGAUGGUGAUAUCAAUUGCCGGGAACACCACUGUUCUAGUCCUAAUUUUUGAACGACGUAAAACUCAUAAGUCUCGAAUCAACACAAUGUUAAUGCAUUUGGCCAUUGCCGAUUUAUUGGUAACUUUGUUGAUGAUGCCGCUCGAAAUUGGAUGGGCGGCGACAGUUUCUUGGCGUGCCGGAGAUUUAAUGUGUCGUGUUAUGGCCUUUUUUCGUGUUUUUGGUCUUUAUUUGUCUUCAUUCAUACUUAUCUGUAUAAGUAUUGACAGGUAUUAUGCAGUUUUGAAACCAAUGCAAUUAAUAAAUAUUGAUAGAAGAGAAAGAAUAAUGUUGAUAGGAGCUUGGAUCGGUGCAGUUUUGUGUUCAGCGCCUCAGAUGAUUGUAUUUCACGUUCAAAGACAUCCAAAAUUUAUUUGGUACGAGCAAUGUAUUACUUAUCAUUUUUUAACUCCAAAUGUAACUGAAGAAGUUGGAUACUCUGUUUUUUCAAUGGUUAUGAUGUACUGUUUACCCUUGGUAGUAAUUAUCUAUACAUACUCCAGCAUUUUAAUUGAAAUAUACAGUAAAACAAGAGAAAAUUCUAAAGACAAAAUACGUAGAUCAUCGAUUGGAUUUUUGGGACGUGCUAAAAUACGAACAUUAAAAAUGACAAUUAUCAUUGUCGCCGUAUUCUUUAUCUGCUGGACACCUUAUUACAUAAUAAGUACAUGGUACUGGAUUGACAGAGAAAGCUUUUAUAAACUAGAUCUAAAAAUUCAAAGAGGACUUUUUCUAUUUGCCUGUACCAAUUCAUGUAUGAAUCCCAUUGUUUAUGGAGCAUUUAAUAUUCGUCAGAAUACUCAAAGAACAGUACGAGCUCCUACUAUAGAGACACGAAUUACACCAUUUACUUUGUCAGUCAAGCUCAUCGAGAACAAAUAAAUAUUUAUUAUUUUAUUUUAUUUUAUUUAUUAUUUAUUAAAGAUUAUUUAUAUUUAA